CUUGCUACCAGGACUUUUAGAAUAGCUUCCCACAUCACACGGCAUAACGUCUCCCAUUUCGUUUCCACACAACAUCGUCAACUGUCAACACAGGAGGUUCCUGUCGAGCCCAAACAGCCGCUUUCACGCCCCCUCCACUCAAUUCCAAGCAAACACCCACCCUAGCUGCAUUCGAAUUUUCAGAGGAAAUAGCACACAAAACCACAGCAUCUUCAAACCCUUCUCCGGCCAUUUGGCCCAGCCCGCUACUGCGAACAAUACAUCAAGAUGGGCCCUGGAAGCAUCUAUGAUGAGGAUGACUCAGGUGGGACGAAGCACCGAACAGACGAGGGCAGUGGCGAACCCAGUGGCUAUGAUCGGCCAAGCAAACGAAGUCAUCGACGGCGCAACUCGUCAGAACGCCACUCCGGACGCGACAGGCCGACAGAGAGCAGUCGGGACCGCCAUCGAUACAAGAGGCGUUCUAGAAGCCCGCGGCCCUCGAGGCAGAGUUCGCGGGAUCGAGGCGGCGACAGCAGGCGAAGAAGGCGGGACUCACGGUCACCCGCAAGCACAGACUCACGCAGACGACGGCGGAGCCGUUCGCGCUCUGCAGAAGCCCACAGCAGUGACAUGGCGGGACACAAAGUGAGCAAGCGCCACCGUCACUCAAGCCCGGGAAAGACCCACCGCGAGGACAGCCAGCCACUUGUCAGGCGAUCUGGCCCAUUGCCGUCGCAAGCGGAUUCCUUUGCGGUCAGCAACGGCGAGGAACCCGAAAAGCCCAAAGAGAAGCCCAACUUUGGAAAUACAGGCGCCCUCGCUGCUGCGUCAAACUCGGUCACGCAGGCAGACGGAACCACCAUCACGCUGAAGUAUCACGAGCCCCCCGAGGCGAGAAAGCCGCCUGCGCGGGACCAGUGGAAGCUGUUCGUGUUCAAGGGCAACGACGUCGUGGAUACGAUCGAGCUAGGGGCCCGGAGCUGCUGGCUCGUGGGGAGAGAGUCGGCAGUGGUCGACAUGGCCGCCGAGCACCCCAGCAUCUCCAAGCAGCAUGCUGUGAUCCAGUUCCGGUACACGGAGAAGAGGAACGAGUUUGGCGACAAGAUCGGGAGGGUCAAGCCGUACCUGAUCGAUCUGGAGAGUGCAAACGGCACCGAACUAAACGGUGACAAGGUACCAGACCGGCGGUAUCUGGAGUUGAGGCCCAAGGAUGUGGUCAAGUUCGGGCUCAGCACCAGGGAGUAUGUCAUCAUGCUCUCGAGAGAUUGAUGGGGCUGUUGGUAUUCGGGCCUACCCAAACACACCUCUUCGAGGCCGAUGUCGGCACAUGGGCCAAGUGACAUGAUGUUGCAUGAGGCCCUCGCUGCGCAACGCAAGAUACUGCCUUGCAGUCGUCACCAUGCCCACGUGGGCUGCAGGGAAGCAAAGCUCCCAUAGCCACCCGGCACCGAUCCCACCGUGCCAGCGCCAGCCGAGGCUCUGGCCGUCACAGAGCAAGAGACACUGUGCUCUGCCGGUUCCGUGGUGCCCUGACGCCGUGGCGCUCCGGUGGCACUCGCCCACACUCCACAGACCACCAGGGCGUACCCCGUACCUCGCACGAGCCUCUUCAGGCGAGGUUGACCGGCCACCCGGCGCGAGGUUGACAGGGCGCAAGUAAAUAGGAUAAAUGCUCCAUCGUACAACCCAAACCGUGGCCCAGCGGCUCCCACGGGCGACCUCUGCUCGCCUGUGACAGUCGUCUAGUUGUAGGAGACAAACGGACGAAAGAUGGUCACGACGUGGGACCAGGCAAACUUGGAUAUUGACAUACGACAGCAGCGAAAUCAAAUGGCAUCACAUUUCUAGAGGGCAGGAUGGUUAAAUUGCCCGAGUCAUGGAAGCAUCAAGUGCACUCACUCCAAGGUGGUCGGCCUGCCGCAGCCAGGAAGGAGGGUCGCUUUGGUGACAUGACUGCUCACGCCCUACACGAUGAGAGGGGUGUAAUAAAUGCUGCAACAAUUCCGGGGUGGAUGAGUUGAGCGGUGCGUCGCACAAGGUGGAUUAUCCAGUGUAACCUCCGUUGUGACGGACGACGAAUACCAGUCAUGGGACGGAGCUCGAGCCUUUGUUGCUACCCCCCAUCACCCAGCUUUUGCGAGAGGAUGAUUAUGCUUUUGAUCUGCUGAGCCCCCGAGAUCCACCUGCUCCUGGCGAUCCGAUCUGCCCAGUGCCCGGGCCAGCUAGGCCACACAGGCUGACAGGAGCAGAGGAGCAGAGGAGCAGAGGAGCAGCCUAAAUCCGCUAGCUUGCUGGUGUCUGGGGAACGCCUGACGGCAGGGAGCAGGGACAUCAGCCCGGUGCCCGGUUGACAGCAGCACGUGAAUGUGUGGCGUUGCGAACUGCUACCCUGCCAGCCUGCAGACGGAGGAGCGGGAUGCAGGGCCCCCUGAAUCGCUUGCAGCCUGCAGGUGUGUUGCCCGUUGUGUUAUUAGUCAACCACGAGGCCUCUGCUUGGGAUGGGCCCUCUGCACAGGCAGGCAGGGCCGCUCUCACUCUUUACCCCCCAGCCAGCCCUGCCCCUCUGUACCAUUGCCACUCACUGUGUGUCUUUGAUCCUCUGGUUUCUUAUUUUGUCACAAGGCUGAUCUACCACAGUGCAGUGCUAUUGCUGGCAGGCUGGCAGGAUGGCCUACCGGACAGCCUGCCGGCUAUAGCUUGGCGGUCAUAAUACAUGUACUUCUACAUACAUACAACCUCUCUCCAUAGGACAAGGCCCUGUGGCACAAUGUCCUGUGUAUGGGACAGACAAACUGUCAUAGAAUACCAGCUUAUGGGACGGGACAGGUCUAUGUAGAAUUGACGUCCCAUCACUUGCAGGAAUGCAACCAGCUAAUUUCUCUCC